UGUUAUAAUAUUUUCGAAAACAACAUCAUUUGUAUAUUGAAAUACUUAUCCAUAUUCAGUGAACUGAAUAUUGUCUCUAUUUCAACAUGACAACGUACAUGAAAUUCACGUGCAGAAUGAGAGUCCUAAUUGGCACGUAUUCCCGACGUUAUUUAACAAACGGGAAUCUAAGGAAAAGAAUCUCGUCUACGGUUUUAACCCCUACAAGACAGCUAGGUACCAGGAAGUUAUUCUCCAGUACUACAGCCCAGUGUGUGAUUUAUACCAGUCCUCUUCCAGAUUUAAACAUCAAAGAAGAAUCACUUCCGGAAUAUCUUUUACCAAAAUUUGAGAUUUUCGGAAACAGAACGGCACUUGUUGAUGACAGUUCAGGUAAAUCGUACACCUACCUGGAAAUGAGAGACGCAGUGAUACAACUGUGUAGUGCCUUACAUAAGCUGGGGUACAGAAAGGGGGAUGUACUCUGUAUGUGUUCCACUAAUAAUACAGAGUACGCCAUCCUCAUACUGGCGUGUGCGACAUCAGGAAUUAUGCUCACUACCACGAAUCCCGUCUACACUUCCGCUGAACUUACAAGGCACCUCCGCCAUUCCGGAGCUAUUGGUGUGGUAGUCAUCAAAUCUCUAUUGCCGAAUGUGAAAGAAGCUCUUGAAAGUGACAGCGUCCUGAAAACUAGUAUUAGUAACAUUAUAGUGGUAGGAGAGGCUGAAGGAUAUCGUUCGUUCUCAGACCUACUCAACGAUGACGGUUCGUGCUUCCCUGAGAACCUCACAAUUAAUCCCAAAGAAGAUGUUGCACUGUUGCCGUACUCCAGUGGAACUACUGGAUUCCCCAAAGGAGUCAUGUUGACACAUCUGAAUAUUGUAUCAAAUCUUCAACAGAUAAGACCACUGCUGACGUUCACCACUGAUGACACCAGUCUCUGUCUCCUACCGAUGUUUCAUGCUUACGGUAUGCUUAUCAUUCUAUUCAGCGCAUUGCAAGACGGAGCUAAAUUGGUCAUCAUACCUGAAUUUGAACCGGAGUCAUUUCUCACCACUAUCCAAAGACAUAAGGUGACCGUCUUGUUCAUGGUACCACCUGUAGCUUUGUUUCUGGCCAGACAUCCCAUGGUAGACAAGUUUGACAUUUCCAGCAUCAGUCGCCAUGUGUGUGCUGCUGCUCCGCUAGGACAGUCAAUAAGUCGGGAGUAUGAGAACAGACUUAAGCGGCCCGUUUGUCAAGGUUACGGAAUGACAGAACUGAGUCCAGUUGCUACAAUAGACACGCUGCCCCCACAUCACAUAGGGACAGUAGGACCGUUAGUACCCAACACUGCUGCCAAGAUUGUGUGUCCUGAUACGGGAGCUUCUCUUGGUCCCGGAAAAACAGGGGAGUUGUGUAUUCGUGGACCACAAGUCAUGAAAGGGUACCUUAACAACGAGGAAGCUACGAACAACAUGAUUAAAGAUGGCUGGCUUUAUACAGGUGACGUUGGUUACGCUAGAGAAGACGGCAGUUUUGUGAUCACAGACAGACUAAAGGAAUUAAUCAAGUACAAAGGAUUACAGGUUGCUCCUGCAGAACUUGAGGAUCUGCUUCUAAGACACCCCGGGGUACAAGACGUCGCUGUGGUAGGAGUAGCAGACGAGAGGGCUGGAGAAAUACCUCGUGCCUUUAUAGUACCUAAACCAAACAGCAAAGUCACUCCUGAAGACGUAUCCAGAUUUGUUGAAGAAAACGUUACUCCGUUCAAGAAACUGAGAGGGGGAGUAGAAUUUCUAAACGAAAUUCCAAAAUCUCCUUCAGGAAAAAUUCUCCGACGGAUGUUACGGGACUUGUCUUGAAUGAUUUGCCUCCAAGAGCCAAAUCAGGAUCAAAACUUGAACUUAUUCAGUGAAAGACAAACAUGCUAUUAUACAGUUUAAAUGAGCAUCAGAGUUUCAAUACAUUUGUUUCAUGUUGUCAAUGACCUUGUAAGUCUAUAUAUAGAUGGGAUUAGUAAUUAAAAA